GCUCACACACUCAGAGAGGACACACACUUUUAUUAGCAAAAGACAGAGUCAACAAAUUAAAGGCGUCCAAAAAGUCAAUGGAGUUUGGUUUUAAACUGUGUUGUAAAAUGUAAAAUGUGUCACUGCAUCUGUAAAAGUAGAGUAUGAAGCACUGGCAAAAACACUUCUGUUCAUGUGCAUGCUCACCCACACUCGCACACACCCACAACCCGCACACAUACUGGACCAUCAUCUGAUCUGCACUGGGACUCGAGGGAUCAGCCCUGCGUAGCUACAGCUGUUUCACAGCGGGUCAGGUUACCCUGCCACCACCAUCCCCAAGGCCUUCACCAAGGGAACGACCCCACGUCAAAACCAACACACACGAGCACACUGCUGCUGCCGCCCCCACCCACCCCUGUCCCAAAAGCUUCCUUUCCCUCUUGCUGGUACCGGGCUCAACACGAGGCGUUCUGAGUCCGAGGCCGACACACCUCCUGAAGCUCCUGAAUCAUUCACAUCUUGAAAGGAAGCUCAGCAGCUUGUGGCUGUCGAACUGAAACCUGCUCACAGGAAAUGAGCGAAAGUGCUAUGACAGCUCUUUCAUUCAACCAUCAGCAAAACAAAAACUAUAACCAGCAACAAGCAGGACUGCACUCAGUAAUUCUAACCCCUACCUCAGUUCAUUUUCCUAGUACUGGCCACAGUGUUUCUGCUUCACAGUAUCAAAAAAAGAUGGCUCUGAAUGCUUCUUCCCUUAUUUUUUGAUCAGACUAUGUCUUACUCAAGUCAGAUUUUUGACUACUUACAACUUGACAGCUGCUUGACAACAUUUAAUAUUUCAGGUGGUUGGUUUGUUUUGCUAAAUGAAUAAAAUAAACUAUUUAGAAAAACACAGAUUUGAAUACAGUAUUUAAAAGUUGUUUUGGUCUCUGUACCGAAACUCAAAUGUGCACAAUCCUAGUAACAAAGUUUGUUUUCUUGUGUAGGUAAUUAGCUCUAAAUCAGUAUCAUUAAUUAGACUCUCGGCAGAAUCAAAUCAUGAUAUGAUCUCAUGUUGUAAAAAGUUGAAACAAUUAGAUGAUUCAUUGAUUAGUCAGUUGAGAGAAAAUUAAUCACUAGUUCCAAAAAUGAUCCUAUUUGGAUAUUUGCUCUUUUAUCUUAGUCCUCUAUGAUAUUUAACUGAAUAUUUUUGUCAAUUUGAUUGUUUUAUAAGUGCUUUUGCCAGUUUAUAAGAUUUUGCCUCACCAAGACUAAAGCAGUAAUGCAAUAAACUGCACCUUCAUGAAGAUUAUAAUGUACUCAUUGUAUUAGUUUUAGCUAUGUGUACCUAAUACACUGCAGAUAAUGGAAAAUUUCUUUACAAUGAUUUCAGCCUGUAUCUCUCAGCCCCAGUUAACAGUAUUUCUAACAUGUGCUCUGAGUCAGCAGACAUAGAAUGAGGCAGUCAAAACAUAUGUGGCAAUAAAUAUGUAGCCACAUGGGCUCCAGGGUGUUCUCACACCAAAAUGAACUUCCUCAUCUGUUUGCCAUGAGAAUCAACCCUCUCCACAACAAUGAUGUCUUCCUUCUGGACAUCCUGUUAACUUCACACUCACAGUUACACCACCACACAGGUUGACUCCCUAUCAGAACUACAGGAAUUCAUUGAAAGCUGAGAUUCCUAGAAACUGCAGUGUGUCUUUCUCCAACUGUUUCCCAUGCAGGCUGCUGUCCUGGCCUUCCCUACCUACACAACAGCUGACAAGGCUUAAAGCUGUUAAUACCGAUUGUGUGUGUGUGUGUGUGUGUGUGUGUGUCAGAGUUCAGAGACUGGUACAGUCUGCGCAGCUUGUGCUUCAAGUAGAUGAUGAAAAAAAAUAUUUUGGACUAGAAAGACAGGACAUCUCUGAUAUGUGGGUCAGUGAAUGUUUUGGUAGCAACUAUGCAAGACGAUACAUGCAGAGCCGCCGCCAGCCAUAGCCCUGCCUUUUUUUUUUUUAACAACCUCGUACAGUUUAGUGACAACCAAGCAAGCAGCCGACUGUUUGUGUUGCACUGAGAGGAAUUAAAAAACAAAGCAGACACAAAUGUUUAACUCGCACAGGAGGAGAGGAGAGGGGGAGUAGGAGUGAUAAACUAUUAACCGCUCUGAACUUGCUUUACCAUUCAUGUGUGCAGCGUGUAGCUCAUAACCUCACAGUUUGUUUUAGUUAAAUGCGGCCAUUGACCGGUGAAUGGGACAAAGCUCACACAACAAAACGGCUGCAUUCACAUUCACACCGAGAGCUGUGAAGUAAACAUCGCUGCAUUGUUGAGCCCAGUUUUGUUUUCACAAGCAGGUUGGUGGAAAUGUUUCUUGAGUCUCUCACUCACUGGUGCUACUGCUGCUUCUACCGCCGCUUCGUUUCUCUCUGCGUGUCUCCAGAGGCCGACUCUGCAGCUGUGCCCAGCAGCACAGGCAGCGCUAAAGAUCCACAAGCAGGUCCACUGAAGAGGAUUUUCAUGAAGGAGGCUGACGCCUCAAACUUCUUCAGAAGACGCAGCAGACGGGGCGUGAAGUCUCAGGAUGAGAUUAACGCUGAGCAGAGGCUGGUUUUGGCCGCAGAUGAACGGAAAAGAGAAUUUCACGAGGAGAAGAGGAAUGAGUUUGAGAGCCACGCUGAAGAGGAGCAUGAUGAACAAGAUGAGAGGACCAGAGAGAGCACAGAGCAGUGGAGGGAGUUUCACUAUGACGGGAUGCAUCCUCCCCAUGAGUACAACCGUCACGCCAUCUGAGCCAGAGGGGCAGUGAGAGAGGAGGGAUGUGUCAACAGAAUAACAAGUUUUAACUUGUUUUUAAACCUCGAGUUGUUGACAUUGGCUUUUGUUCCUCAUUGUUUGGGCUCCUACUGCUUUAUUUGUAAAAGUAAUAAUAAUAAUAACAUUUUUUUACCCCAUUUUUACACUAUUAUUUUUUUUCUCCAAUAUGUAGAUAAGUAAUGAGGUGAUAACCCUCUUUUUGUCACAAACUGUGCUUGAACAUUUGAUGACAAUGACAAAAUAGGGUAAUAGCCAUACAGUAUUUUUAUUAUCAUUAUACUAAAUAAGUAAAAAUGUUUUAUAUGUUACAGGUCAUGCAUGAAGAAAUCGUUAUUGCUUUUAUUUAGGGCUGCAGCUAACAAUUAUUAUAAUCAUUGAUUAAUCUACAGUUUAUUUUCAUGAUUAAUUGAUCAAUCUUGUCUUUAAAAUGUAAGACAAGAGUAAAAAUUGUGAUGAUGGUGAAUUAACUUCCAACCAACGGUCCAAAAGCGAAGACAGUCAAUUAACUAUUACUGUUUAAACCAGCAAGUAGUCACAUCAGUGAAGUUGAAACUAGUGUCUUUUUUAAAUUAGU